CCCGGGCCAGUUGUCGGAGCAGACGGGAGUUUCUCCUCGGGGUCGGAGCAGGAGGCACGCGGAGUGUGAGGCCACGCAUGAGCCGACGCUAACCCCCACCCCAGCCGCAAAGAGUCUACAUGUCUAGGGUCUAGACAUGUUCAGCUUUGUGGACCUCCGGCUCCUGCUCUUCUUAGCGGCCACCGCCCUCCUGACGCGCGGCCAAGAGGAGGGCCAAGAAGAAGACAUCCCACCAGUCACCUGCGUACAGAACGGCCUCAGGUACUAUGACCGAGACGUAUGGAAACCCGAGGCCUGUCGGAUCUGUGUCUGCGACAACGGCAACGUGUUGUGCGAUGACGUGAUCUGCGACGAAACCAAGAACUGUCCCGGCGCCCAAGUCCCCCCGGGCGAGUGCUGCCCCGUCUGCCCCGACGGCGAGGCGUCUCCUACUGAUCAAGAAACCACAGGAGUUGAGGGACCCAAGGGAGACACUGGCCCCCGAGGUCCAAGGGGACCUGCCGGCCCCCCUGGCCGAGAUGGCAUCCCCGGACAGCCUGGACUUCCCGGACCCCCCGGGCCUCCCGGACCCCCCGGACCCCCUGGCCUCGGAGGAAACUUUGCUCCCCAAAUGUCUUAUGGCUACGAUGAGAAAUCAACUGGAGGAAUCUCCGUGCCUGGCCCCAUGGGUCCUUCUGGUCCUCGUGGUCUCCCUGGCCCCCCUGGUGCACCUGGUCCCCAAGGUUUCCAAGGCCCCCCUGGUGAGCCCGGCGAGCCUGGAGCCUCAGGUCCCAUGGGUCCCCGUGGUCCCCCUGGCCCCCCUGGCAAGAACGGAGAUGAUGGUGAAGCUGGAAAGCCUGGUCGUCCUGGUGAGCGUGGACCUCCUGGACCUCAGGGUGCUCGGGGAUUGCCUGGAACAGCUGGCCUUCCUGGAAUGAAGGGACACAGAGGUUUCAGUGGUUUGGAUGGUGCCAAGGGAGAUGCUGGUCCUGCUGGUCCUAAGGGUGAGCCCGGUAGCCCUGGUGAAAACGGAGCUCCUGGUCAGAUGGGCCCCCGUGGUCUGCCUGGUGAGAGAGGUCGCCCCGGAGCCCCCGGCCCUGCUGGUGCUCGUGGAAACGAUGGUGCUACUGGUGCAGCUGGGCCCCCCGGUCCCACUGGCCCCGCUGGUCCCCCUGGAUUCCCUGGUGCUGUUGGUGCUAAGGUGAGCCCGCUGCCCUCCUCUGAGCACAGCUCCCACGGGCCAAGGGGUGCCUAUCUCCCUGCUCUCCAAACCAGAGGGACCCAGAGCGGCCUAUUCCCCAAUACCUUUGUCCCGGGAUCCCCUUCUCCCAUGUGGGAGUCCUGA